UCGUGAUUUCCUCAAAAGCGUCCUCGACCGGGGGGAAACCCUUGGCGACCCGACCCCCAACCGAUCGACUUCCCACCAGACAAAAAGCGAGCAGAAAUAAAUCUUCUCCUCCUCUCGAUUAAAAAGAACAACAAGAGAGAGAGAGAGAGAGAGUAAUCAGCGGCGAGCGAGCGAUGAUUAGCAUCCUUGUUCAGGAGCGUCUUCUUGGCGCUGUCUUGGGGAGUGCUUUCGUGGGGGCCCUCGUUUUCGAGCAACGCAGGGGCAUAUACAGAUCGCUUUCGGAUAAUGCAUCCGUUCGAUAUGAGCUUCAAGAACACAUAUUUCAGAAGAACUCUUCAGAUCUAGCGCACUUGUGGAACAAAGCUGUAGAUGAGACAUUGGGGCCAGUGGUUGCAUAUCUUAGCUCACGCCGGUGGUAGCAGAAACAUACCUGUGCUUCACAAAUUGACAAUGCAAAAGAUUUGUCUGUGUGCCAUUUCUAUGCUAUAACGAUUCAGCAAUAUUUAUCUAUACUAGCAUUAAACUGGGCUCAUUUGGGUAAGUUUGCAUCCGUUAUGGCUGAAUUCAUUUUAUAAGUCACUCUUCAGUUGGAUUUUCACAUCAUGCCAGUGUUUAAGCCCCUCUUCAGUUGGAUUUUCACAUCAUGCCAGUGUUUACCCCUGUUUACUGAGCUUUUUUUUCUUUUGGCUAGACAUGACAAAUAUUUCGUACUUAAAAAAUGGUGUUGCAAUGGUCCACUUUUGUUGAA